GUAUUGUUGGGGGAGAAAGCAAAAGCAAAAGCAAAAGCAAAAGCAAAAGCAAUUAGACGCUUAAAAAAAGAAAGCAACCUGAAGCGUUAUUUGCGGGGGGUAUCUGUUAAAAUCGGGUUGAGAUUGACGAUAUUGGUGUGGAUUUUGAUCAUCUUAAAACAUGGAGAGAAAUGGCGAUUGUUUCGUUCCAGAUAUAUCUCCCCCGGAUAUCAACAUUCAGCUUCAAUCCCCAAUUCUCACUCCCAUUCUCUUCUUGGACCAUGUCGGCGAAGUUGUUCUCUCCCUCAAUCCCGACGGCUUGUCUUGGAAAUCCAUCGAACCCCUAUCCAAUGAGCAGAAUGAAUCAUCUUGUCUGGGCAUAAAACUUGCUUCUAAAAAAGAAACUGAUAUCAAAUUUUCUGAUGUAUAUGCUGUUGAGUAUAUAGACUGGGGUUUGGUUCAUGAAUCUAUUCCUGGAAAUGCUGGAGGACGUCUUUUGGGUCAUGGAUCUGAGAUGUACCGCUUUGUGGUGCAUGGGUUCCAGAGGUCAAAGUCUCAACCUUGUCUUUGGGCCCCAUCUGUAUACACCUUUGGUCACAAAGAUUUGGAUGCAUGCCAGAUGUGGGUUAAUCAGAUCACUACUUCUGUAAAUGUGGAAACGGGGCGAGAGCGACCAAAGAGUCUUCUGGUUUUUGUUAAUCCAAAGAGCGGGAAAACAAAUGGAUGUAGAACUUGGGAAGUAGUUGCUCCUAUAUUUUCUUGUGCUAAAGUAAAUACGAAGGUGAUCGUGACAGAGAGGGCAGGGCAUGCAUUUGAUGUGAUGUCCUCUAUUACAAAUAAGGAGAUAAAUUCAUAUGAUGGAGUUAUAGCUGUUGGUGGUGAUGGUUUUUUCAAUGAGAUCCUUAAUGGACUUCUCUCUUCAAGGGUUAAAGCUCCUUACCCACCAGCUCCAACAGAUUUCAUUAAUUCUGUUGAGAAUGGUGGCAGUGUCAUGGUUCAUGAGGCAAAUGAAAUUGUUGCCAAGCCUUCUGAUCAUAAUGGAGAAGACAAUUCUCCUCUUCUCCCAGGUUCAACUCUUAGUGAAUCAAGACCAACAAAUUUCCGAACUGAAGAUGGAUGUUGUGACACAGACCAAGGUCCUGAGUUUUCUCUCCCAAACAAAUGGUUUAGAUUUGGCCUUAUUCCUGCAGGCUCUACCGACGCCAUUGUAAUGUGUACCACUGGAACUCGAGAUCCUAUAACAUCUGCAUUACAUAUUGUCCUUGGCAAAAGGGUGUGCCUUGAUAUAGCUCAAGUUGUAAGAUGGAAAACGACAUCUACAUCGAAGGAUGAACCUUGUGUUCGCUAUGCUGCUUCUUUUGCUGGGUAUGGGUUUUAUGGAGAUGUCAUUACAGAGAGCGAAAAGUAUCGCUGGAUGGGCCCAAAGCGAUACGAUUAUGUAGGAACGAUGGUGUUCCUAAGACACAGGUCAUAUGAAGCAGAAAUAGCAUACCUAGAUGUUAAAUCGGAAGAAACAAGUUCGGCUUCUGAGAAAGGUCUUCAUAGUAGUAGAAAAAGAGCAUUAUGGGGUCUACCUAAAAAAUCUGAAAGAACGGCUUGCCGUGUCAAUUGUGAUGCUUGUAACACAAAACCAAUUUGCACAUUAAGUUGUUCCAUGCCAACACAGAACCCAGAAGAUUCUGAAUGGUUGAGAUCCAAAGGGCGUUUUAUUAGCAUUGGUGCUGCUGUAAUCUCUUGCCGAAAUGAAAGAGCUCCUGAUGGUUUGGUGGCUGAUGCACACCUUUCAGACGGUUUCCUGCAUCUUAUAUUGAUUAGAGACUGUCCUCGUCCAUUGUACUUAUGGCACCUUACACAGCUGGCAAGGAAGGGAGGGAACCCCCUGAAUUUUGAGUUUGUGGAGCACCAUAAAACUAGGGCUUUCACAUUCACUUCUUUGGGCAAGGAGGAGAGUGUAUGGAAUGUGGAUGGUGAGCUCUUUCAAGCACAUAAACUCUCGGCACAAGUAUUUCGAGGCCUUAUUAGCUUAUUUGCAUCAGGCCCUGCAGUUUAAACUGAACAUCUUGGGAAAUAGUAUCAUCCUCAACGGUACCUUAUUUAUGAUCUAAUUUCGUUGUGUUGUAUUAUUAACAAAUUUAAUCAAUAUUAAUUUUCUGGAACCACACAUCAAACAGUGGUUUGUAUUUGAUAUAGUUUUGAAUAUUCAUGAGUUGGAUAAGCUCUGUGAACUUUUGAAAGACGAAAA